AUGGAUGCCAGAGCAAAUUUUAUCCUGUUAGAGCAUGGUCCAAGAACUGAAGUACACGAGCAUGGUCCAGGAACUGAAACACAUAGUGCAGGCACUGGUGUGGGUGCCCUGGAGUUAAAAUGGUUACACAAUUGUCUAGUAAGGAAAAAGGUUGAGAAUACUGGAGAAGCUCCAGCAGCUGAAGUCCUUCUUGCCUUCCCACCUGCACGAUUUGAUCAUAUAGCUUUGGUCAAAGCGGCAGCCGCUGUUGGCAAGAAGAAGGAGAAAUCAUAUCUUCCUCUUGAAGGUACAGAACUGAGAUAUGGACCUUAUGAGGACCGUCAUCCUUAUUCAUACUCUCCUGUAAUCAUCCAUUUAGAGAACAACAAUGCAUUUGCUGUUGUUGAGGAGCUUGAGCGUGAAAAUGAGUCAGAGCUAUUAAUUGAGCCACGGUAUCCUUCAUUUGGUGUCUGGAAAGCCAUUUUUGUCAUCGGAUACGGGGUGCCACUCCAAGACUUCCUUUUCGAGUCGGAUGAUGGUUCACGUUACCUGAAUUACACUUUUGGAUGA